GAAUUUUGAUUCUGCAAUCUAAAGUGUGUCUUGACAUUGAUUUAAACUGGAUUAUGACUUUUCAUUCAGGUUGCAUUACUUGUAAAAAAAAUAUUAGAAACGUUGCAAUAACCAAAUCAGGGUCUAGCACUAAUUAUAAUGAGUAGAGCUCUGUAAGACCUCCAUGUCAGUAUGUACUCUGUGGCACAUUGGCACACUCCCUGGAACCUGAUAUGGGUGGCGAGGUCAGCAGACAGAUUCACAGCCCAGGCUCCUCUGCCUCUAUAACUGUGUGGACUGUUACUACAAAUGGACGCUUUGGCUGUUCCAACAGACAGGGGGAAAGGCUGGUACCUUUCCCUAAUGGCACCAAACACCAAAGGACCAACUUUUGCCUGGUUGGACCCAUCAAGACUCUACUGUAAUUCCCAGGCUCUGUCAGAUUGUGUGAAGGACCUUCUCUAUCCAUUCCAGAAAGAGGCCAUUGACCUGGUAGUGGGUAUAGAUGCAAUGGGAUUCAUCCUCGGAUCGGCUGUGGCCACCACCCUUGGAAAGGGCUUUCUGGCUAUCCGCAAAGCAGGACACCUGUGCAUACAAACCCAGAGCCAAGAGUACAGUGACUACUCAGGCAGAGAGAAGAUGGUGGAGGUUCGCCUGGAUGUGUUAAGGCCAGGGCUCCAGGUGCUGAUAGUGGACCAGUGGAUAGAGACCGGAGGAACCAUGAAGGCUGCUAUCAAACUGGUGGAGAGGCAGGGAGCGACUGUUGUAGGUGUUGCUGCUGUGGCCAUUGAGAACAGCGAGGGAGGGAAGUGGAUCAAGGAGAAAUACAAACACUCUCACUGCAUCCCGGAGGAACUACAGAGUCAAAUUGACAAACAAUAUCUUGACUCCUUCAAGAGCUUCGCCAGUUAAGUGCUCAAACUCAAGGUCACGCAAUUCAGAGUAGGGUAGGCUAUCUCCAACUGUGCUGACCAGGAUUCUAUGUUACUCUUGCAUGGUGCUUUGUCCAAGAAGUCAUGAAGAUCAUAUAUUGCCUUGGAGUGGCAAUGCAUUCAAUGCUUUUUUGCUUCUAUACAAGCAUAUUGUAUAUACAGUGCCUAGUGAAAGUCUACACACCUGUUGCACAGUCUUCACAUUUUGUUGCAUUAAAAUGGGAUGACAUUUAAUUUUUUUGCUACAGAUCUACACAACCUCCUCCACAAAUUCAAAGUGAAAGAAAGUUAGAAAAAUGUUCUUCAUACCCCAGAGUUAAUACUUGGUGGAAGCCCAAGACCUACUAGGUACACCACCGUGGCUUGCUAUAUAAAGCAGAAAUGGCCGGCCUCUUGGGCUUUUCACACACGACAGUGCAGUGUCUCGGGUUCACCGAGAAUGGUGCGACAAAGAAAAAAAAAAUCUAGUCAACAGCGACAGUCCUGUGGGC